GCAUGGCGGGCGCGCGCGCGCGCCCAUGUCCCCCGUCCCAUGGCUCCGCCCCCGCAUGACGCCGAGCGAGUCCUGGGCCUCUUUUCCUGUCGGAGGCGAAGCCCGGCCCGGCCUCCCCUUUAAGGGCCUGACGCCGUUACUAGGGCGGCCGGAGAGGCGCGGAAACUGAACCGGCGCCGCGGCCAGAGCGACAGGCCCGGCAGCUCCCGCCGCACGCCAUGGCCGCCGCCUGCCUGGAGGAUCCAUCUCUGGAGAAACACUUUAAAGGCCAUCGAGAUGCCAUCACUAGUGUGGAUUUCAGUUUCAAUAAGAAGCAAUUGGCAAGUGGCUCUAUGGAUUCGUGCUUGAUGAUCUGGAGUAUGAGACCGCAAAUGAGAGCCUAUCGCUUCGUGGGUCACAAAGAUGCAGUGAUGUGUGUUCAGUUUUCACCUUCUGGCCAUCUGGUGGCCUCAGGCUCCAGAGACAAAACUGUCCGUUUGUGGGUUCCAAAUGUCAAAGGAGAAUCUACUGUGUUCAAGGCUCAUACGGCAACUGUAAGAAGCGUUCAGUUCUCCAGUGAUGGACAAUCCUUGGUUACAGCUUCUGAUGACAAAACAGUCAAAGUAUGGACAGUUCACAGACAGAAAUUUCUCUUUUCCUUGAGCCAGCACAUAAACUGGGUUCGCUGUGCCAAAUUUUCUCCUGAUGGAAGACUAAUAGCUUCUGCCAGCGAUGAUAAAACUAUCAAACUAUGGGAUAAAACCAGCAGAGAAUGUAUACAUUCUUUUUGUGAGCACGGUGGGUUUGUGAAUUAUGUGGAUUUUCAUCCCAGUGGUACGUGCAUUGCUGCAGCUGGUACAGAUAACACAGUGAAGGUGUGGGAUGUUAGGAUGAAUAGACUCCUCCAGCAUUAUCAAGUACACAGUGCUGUGGUAAAUUGUCUUUCCUUUCACCCCUCUGGAAACUACCUCAUUACUGCCUCCAAUGAUUCAACCCUGAAAAUUCUGGAUUUACUAGAAGGAAGGCUGCUGUAUACUCUUCAUGGUCAUCAGGGGCCAGCUACCUGUGUUGCCUUCUCAAGAACUGGGGACUUUUUUGCUUCUGGAGGGUCAGAUGAACAGGUGAUGGUAUGGAAAACUAACGUUGAUGCUGCUGAUUAUGGAGAUGUAUUGAAAACUCAGAAGUAUGCCACUAAUGUAACAGGAACACUUCACAAUCUGAGACAGUGGAGACUUCUUUGCUCGACUGGACAGAGGAGCAGGGGGAAGCAACACUUCCAAGGAAAGCAGCAUAACCUAUCUGUUAAAGUCGCUGCAUUCCAAAAGUAUUAAACCAGUGAAAAUUGCAUAUACUGGAGUGAAGCAUAACUAGAUGCAGAGUGAAGUUUUAGUGUGAGGCCUUGUGACAGGGAAACUUUUAAGAAAAAUAUUACACCAUUGCAACAUGUGGGAAGAACUGUGGGAGCACUGGCAUGGUGUUUAACCACAGUGUCUUCUAGACUUGCUGUGACCAUGGUUAGAAGACAUCUUGGUUAAAAACACUCAGGUGCCUUUCCAUGCUAGCACUACUGCUGGUGGAACUGCAUGGGGGUUAGCAAGAGUGGAAGUUAAGAAAAACACUAGUUGACACAGUCUGAGAAUGGAUAGUCCAUUAAAACAAUUCAGGACUUCCAUGCCACAUCUCUGUGAUCUCAGCCCCAGUAGAAAUUCUGCUGUAUCAUGGGAAUUGGUUAAAAUAUGUUCUAGCAUUGCCAUGUGGAUGAGAGACAGCUCUGAUCCUCAGCAGAACAGUGGACCUUAGGAUAAAUCUUGGCCCCAUUGAAAUCAGUAGCAAAACCCCCUUGACUACAGUGGUUACAGGAUUGCACUCAUGGUCUUCAGGGUUGUCACUGUUCUUACCAUGCGUAUAACAAUCAUACUGUGAACAGGUGAAUUGCAACAUGGUUAUAAAUAUAGUGAAGGCAGGACCUACACGAGUGCUUUAUCAGUGGAUUUGCUACACAUAAUCAAAAUUAUGGUCUUGUCCUUUUUUGUUUCAAAAUAAAAACGCUCAACAGCCUCAGUUUUCAGUAUCCUGAUAUACAUUGGGUUACAAAGAAUAUUUCAUUUUAAGAAUCCAUAGUUCUCCUGUUACAGGUUGGACUGUAAGAGGAUGAGAUAAACACAUUUUUCCUUGCGAAGAGCCCAAGCACUGAUUUAAAUUCCAUAGGUUGUCUAGCUUUAAAAUUGAUGUGAAAUGGUCUGUAAAGCAUAGCAGGUAUGGUUGUUGAAAAGAGGUUAAUGAUUCUGGAGGUGGUUUGAUUUUUUAUUUUAAGUGAUUGUAAAUAGCUUGAACACAGAGCCCUUGUUUCCAUAACAUUGCACUUGCACAUCAGUUUGACGACGACUUAUCCUUAAAAGCUAUUUUUGGAUAAUACUCUCUUUAAAGGUAAAAUCUGUUUGUUUUUGUUUUUUUUUUAAAGCACUUUCUUAUAACUCCAGUUUGUUGCAAGCAUUAAAACUGAGAUAUGUUCAGCCUUCUUUAUAUAUAAGGGCUGUGUUUUGUCUCAGGCAAGCUAGAGUGGUUUAAAAACAAGAUAUUUCUGCAGAUAAAUUUUGUUAUGAUUUUGAGAACUUAUAGUUUCCUUCCUCCCCUUAUCCUUGUGCUCAACCCACCUCUCAAAAAAUUUACAAAAUCAAACUUUAAAACUGCAGUUUUUGUUUUUCUUGUAAGUAGCUUUUGAUUUCCCGAUUAAGAACAAUAACUUCGCCCACUAAAAAGGGAAGCUGCUUAAUCUUUUCCACCACUGCUGCAUGACUGUACUAAAAAUUUUGUUUUUUUAAAAAAGGCUGUCUGCAGAACCCUUUAACUUUGUUACUGAGUUAUCCCUUCAAGGGCUAUUGUCAAUUAUUCCUUACCAAUACUGCCGAUACACUUAGGCAUUAUACUUCAGGACUUCCUGCGUCAUUUUGCCUUUCACCUAAAUCAAUAAAUGUUUCCUAAUGAGAGUUUGUGCUACAAAGUCCUGCUACUUUAUUAAGCAUUGUAUACUGACCAAAGUAGAGGUAAUGUAAACAAAAACAGAACAUGUAAUGCCAGAUAGCUCUUCUGGAAGCCUCCUUGAGAGAGGAGAAGCAGGUUAGCACGAGUGAUGGAUAUAAGAAGAAAUGAGUGAUUGCAUGUUAAGUUAUACAUGACUCUUCUAUCUUCCGACUACUCUUUGCAACAGACUACUUGAGAUCAAACUGGCCUGACAUUGCAUCAUGGUGGUGGACACAAAACAGAACUUGAUCUAAAAAUGACUUCCCUUCUGAUCCUGGGAGUAGGAGGGGAAUAAAAUUGCUGCAUCCUUUAUAAGAUAUCAGCUAGUUGAUCCAGACUUUAGGGACCUUGGCUAUAAAGGAAGGAUGGGCUUCACCUAAAUCAAAAUGUAACCUGACUGCUGGCAUGUAAAAUUAAAAAGGUUGUAGAGGAUUUUUUAAACUAAGGGCUGGGGAAAAGCCAACGGGUGCAGACAAGCACAUGGUUCAGACAGACACAUCCCCGAGGGGAGAAUCUAUUAAUGGGGAUUUUCUAUAUUCUGGCAAAAAGGAGAGGGUAGAAUUUGAUAAAGCACAGGUAGGAAUUGAAGAUAAACAGUCUAAAAGAGAAUCCCAUUCAAUUACAUCACAUGAAAGCAGACAACUAAAUGUUGAUGAUAAAUUUCGUAAGUGCCUGUGUACAAAUGCUGGAAGUCUAAAUAUUAAGAUAGGUGAAUUUGAGUGCCUGGCAUUAAUGAGGAUAUCGAUAGACAUCACAGAAAUUUGGUGGAACAAUGUUAAUCAAUGGGACACGGUACUAUCUGGGUACAAAAAAUACAGGAAUGACAGAGUAAGUUGUGCUGGUGAAGGAGUGGCACUGUCUGUGAGAGAAAGUAUAAAGUUAAAUGUAGUAAAAAUCUUAAAUGAAUCAAACUGUACCAUAGAAUCUGUAUGGAUAGAAAUUCCAUGUUUGAAUAAUAAGAGCAUAGUAGUAGGAAUAUACUACCGACCACCUGACGAGGAUGAUGGUGGUUUUAAAAUUUUCGGGGAGCUUGGAGAGGCUAUAAAAAUAGAAAACUCAGUAAUAAUGGGAGAUUUCAACUAUUACCAUAUUGACUGGGUACUUCAGGACCGGUUGUAGAUAUAAAAUUUCUAGACACCAUUAAUGACUACUUCUUGGAACAGCUAGUCCUGGAACCCACAAGGGGAGAUACAAUUCUUGAUUUAGUCCUAAAUGGCACACAGGAUCUGGUUCAAAAGUACAUAUAGCUGAACCGCUCAGUAAUAGUGACCAUAAUGCAGUUAAUUUUAACGUCCUUCAAGGGGGGGUGGAGACCAAAGAAGCCCUCCACAGUAGUAUUUACUUGAAAAAGGGGAAGUACACAAAAAUGAGGAAGCUAAUUAAAUUGAAAUUAAAAGGAACAGUCAUGAGUGAAAUGUCUGCAAACUACAUGGAAACAUUUUAAAAAUACCAUUAUAGAGGCUCAAAUUAAAUCUAUAUCCCAAAUUAAAAAAUGUUAAGAGGGCCAAAAAAAUGCCACCAAGGCUAAACAGAGUUAAAAAGGAGAUUAGAGGCAAAAAUGCAUCCUUUACAAAUUGGAAGUCAGCUCCUACUGAGAAAAAUAAAGAAGCAUGUUGAGCAAGUCAAAUAUAAAAGUAUAAUUAGUCAACCCAAAAAAAGAAUUUUGAAGAGCAACUGGCAAACUACUCAAAAACUAACAGCAAAAAAAUUAAGUACAUCAAAAGCAGGCAUCCUGCUAAACAACAGUGGGGGCCACUGGACGAUCGAGGUGCUGAAGGAGCACUGAAGGAAGACAAGGCCAUUGCGGAGAAGCUAAAUGCAUUAUUUGCAUCUGUCUUCACUGCAGUGAAUGUGAGGGAGAUUCCCAUACCUGAGGAAUUUGGUGACAAACCUAAGGAACUAUCCCAGAUUGAGGUGUCUGUAGAGGAGGUUUUGGAACAAAUUGGUAAAUUAAACAGUAAUAAGUCACCAGGACCAGAUGGUAUUCACCUGCAGUUCUGAAGGAAGUCAGAUAUGAAACUGCAGAACUACUAGCUGUGUUAUGUAACCUGUCACUUAAAUCAGCUUCAGUUCCAGUUGACUGGAGAAUAGCUAAUGUGACACCAGUUUUUAAAAAAAGGCAGGUGACUCUGGCAAUUACAGGCUAGUAAGCCUAACUUCAUUACCAAGCAUAUAGGUUGAAGCUAUAUUAGGGAACAGAUUUAUCAGGCACAUAGAUUAAUACAGUAUAAUGGGGAAGAGUCAACAUGGCUUUUGUGAAGAGAAAUCAUGCCUCAUCAUGUUGUUAGAAUUCUUUGAGGGAAUCAACAAACGUGGAUCCAGUGGAUAUAGUGUACUUGGACUUUCAGAAAGCCUUUGACAAUAUCCCUCACCAAAGGCUCUUAAGCAAACUGAGCAAUCAUGGGAUAAGAGGAAGGGUCCUUUCAUGGAUCAGUAACUGGUUGAAAGAUAGGAAAGAAAGGCUAGGAAUAAAUUGUCAGUCUUCGGAAUAGAGAGAAGUAAUUACCUGUGUUCCCCAGGGAUCUGUACUGGGGCUGGGGCUGGUCAAUGUAUCCAUAAAUGAUCUGGAAAAAGGGGUAAACCGUGAGGUGGCAAAGCUUGCUGGUGAUACAAAAUUAUGCAAGAUAGCUAAGUUCAAAGCAGACUGCAAAGAGUUACAAAGGGAUCUCACAAAACUGGGUGACUGGGCAACAAAAUGGCAUGUGAAAUUCACUGUUGAUAAAUGGAAAGUAAUGCACACUGGAAAACAUAAUCCCAACUAUAUGUACAAAAUGAUGGGGUCUAAGUUCGCUGUUAUCACUGAAGAAAGAGGUAUUGGAAUUAUUGUAGAUAGUUUUCUGAAAACAUCUGCUCAAUGUGCAUUGGCAGUCAAGAAAGCUAACAAUGUUAGGAACCAUUAGGAAAGGGAUAGAUGGUGGUGGUAGCAGCAUUGCAUUAAUUCCCUGAGACCCAAAUUGGGAUCUCACUAGGUGCUUUCUGAGCUCCUAGGAAGAUAUGGUUCCAGGCACAAGCAGCUUAGUUUUAGAUCUCAAUCCUGUAAAUGCUUCAUCACUCAACUUUAAGCAUGUGACUAGUGAGUGAAGUCCAAGGGGCUACUUACAUGCCUAAAGCUAACUAUGCAUGUAAGCAAUUAUAGGAUGGGGGUCUGAAGAAAGAGUUUAGAAUUGAAGGUCUGGAUCCUGCAAAUGACUCCAAAUGGAUAGAUGCUUAUGCCUCUGCAGAGGCCGCUUGAAUCAGUGGGGCUCACUGUGGGCACAGGAGUCUGUGCGUAUGACAGGAUGAGGCCUAAAGAACAUAUUUCCAUCUUCUUGGAACAUGUGAUCUGAAAUCUUUAAUCCUAUAAUUUAUUCUUCACAGAGAGUUGAUCACACUGUCAUAAUUUCUUCUCAGUACAAAGGAAGCAUAUUGAUAGGAUGUAAUUCCCUUACAUUACUGACGUGAUUUUACUAGCAUAUGUAUUUCAUUAUAUGAUAUAUUUGUUGGUAUUAUUUUCCAGAUUCUAGGAAGUGUUUAGUAAAUUCUUUGAAGAGCAAAUGUUGAACAAUUGAUAUCACAUUGGCAUUUGGAAACUGCUUAGAUAUUUAUCUGUAUUUGUGCAUUAAAAAGGGUGGUGGUGAACAAAAUUGUGGGUUUUAAGCUAAGUUUGUAAAUAUAACUUUUCAUACAUACGAAAAUAAGGAAAAUUCAGUAUCUUAAAUAGACUUUUUUUUCUUAAGCUCAAAUAUUGGCCUUUGUUUAGGCAUGUUAGCCUCUAAGUUUUGAAGUAUGUGAUAUUACUGCAGUGCAGGAGUUACACUAGAUAAGGCUGAGAUGGAAUUUAGAAUGUACAGCUGUAUUUUCUGCUGAUUUUUACUUUCUGAAAGCCCUGCUUUUUGUCUGAUGCUUGCGAAGCUUGCUCUAGGCCCUUCCGUGAAACUCUUUUUACUGUGAGGAAAGUUUUACGCACUAUGGGACAUGGGGAGACAUGGUCUUGAGUGAGGGAUUUUUAAAAGUGUGAAGAUGUGAGCGUAUGAUGAUGAACAUGGCAAAAGGUAAGAUUAUCACUGAUGGCAGAGGAAGUGUGCUAUACCUCUUCAGAUGUGAUUUUUGCAGCCAUAUGAGUCAAAUACUUAUUUAAAAAAAAAACAAAACAAAUAUAGUGUAUACGUAUUCCAGAAUGAGUCCUGGUGCCUUUGGUCUGUCUGUAGAAUCUUGGUUUUUGAAAUAAAUAGGCUUUGCAGAAUUCAGUUAUUUUUAAUAAUUUCAACAGCUAAUCCCGAUGCUUUUUUGUAAGCAUUUUUUCUGUUAUCUAUUUAAAUUUUUAAAGUUGGGGUAAAUUAUCGAGGGGGGUCACACAAUAAUUAUUUAAUGACUGUAGAUGUUGAGAUUCAAAAAGUUAAAUCUUUAUGACCAUAAAAACAAAUAUUUUAACAUCACAUGUCAAAAUAUACAAAGUAAGUGUCGUUAAACUCUUAAGAUCUUAAGCAGCGUUUUCUUCCUUUCUGGAUCUAAAUUUGGUUAUUGGUGAAAUAUUUUUUCUUCAUUUUGUGUGUACAAUGAAAAAGACAUUUACCAGUAAACAUCUAAUCCUUCCAAGCCUAGAAAUGUUAUGGAUGUGUUUAAAUAGCACAGCCAGCAAAUGUAUUAAAUUAGUUGCCGUAACUUAGAACAACACAUCUGGAUAUGACUGAGUGUUUCAGGUGUGCCUAUUUGGAAGACUGAACUUAUGUAUUCAGAUGUGCAAAAUUAGUCUCAAAGCUUCAUGCUUCCACUCUAACAAAUAGUCCUCUUAUCCUUCUUAAACUGUAAUUUGUGUGGGUGUAGAUGUGGAUGGAUGGGUGUGUAUACCCACACACACUCUACAUGUCUUAAGGGGAACACUGCUCAGUAAAACAUUUUCCAAUAGUAAUUUUAAUUUUCAAUUUGUGUUUAACAGUUUGUGAAAUUUAAAAGCUAAUGGUAUAGCAAACUCACAAACAAUAGUGGUAUAGUUGCAGUACAUUCUAACCAAAGGGACAGUAGCUUGUUCUCUUCCUAAACCGAUGCUUUUCUGGUCUGAGCACACUUGACCUGACCUUGUCUUGUUGGAAAAGCUAAGUAAGUUUGGAACUCUUCCUUCACUAGUGGAUUUAAUACUUCCUCCCAUGGUCGCUUACUCAGUGAAUGUCUUAAUUCCUCAGCAUCUGUCAUUCUAAAAUGGCCGUCUGUAAAAGGGGCUGGGACAUCUUCCUAUAAAAGCGUUAAUGCUGAUUCUUAGUGACUUCAGGAAAAAUGGCUCUACCUUGUAAGUUGGAUAAAAUCCUUCCCAAACAACGAAGAAACUGAAUAAUUUUAAACAGCCCGAGUGAAUAGUCAUUGGCUCUACCUUUUUAUCUCUGCUGCAUGCUUCCGUGUUAUCUUUGCCAUCUAAGUUCAUUCACUUUCAUAUGCUUAACUGCGAUAUCUUUCAUGUUGUUUCUUGUUUCUUUUUUUAAUAUUAUUUUUGAAAUGCAAUACGUGCCAAGGCAUCAAACCAUUACUUUCAAAUACAUUUUACUUACUAGUUACUCAUUACAAUGAUGAUGUAGAAGUAAAGCAUAUAGUUCAUCAAGAUUUGUGACUUACUUUUUGUGUGAUUAAUUUAUUAAUUUUCAUAAAGAGGCAAACAGUAAAAAUACAAACAGGUAAAUCACUCAGUUUGUAUGCCAGCAAAUACUGCACAUUUCACAGAUUAUCGAACAAUAUUAUGCAAUUAUGCAUCUUUUCGACUUGUCUGGUCUUGCAACUUUGACAAUACAAAAUUAGAGAAUAUUACUCAGACAUAACAUGUUAAGGUGGGGUAACAAUAAUAAACAAAAUGACAUGCACAAAUUGGCAAAAAGGGGAAGAGAGGAUAGGCCAGGAGGGGGAAGACGUGGGGAAAAAAGUGAGAAGUCAGCUCAAAUAAUUCUAAGCUUCCAUUCCACCUAACUCAGCAUUCCUUAUUCAGAUAUAUCAAGAAAUGGAGGUCCAAAUUUAUUUGAAUUCAUAUCAUUGCUCUCGACAUUGAUAAGCUAUCUUUUUUUUUUUUUUUUUUUUUUUGCUGCUAACUCAGGUUGACUAGCACUGCUCUGUUCUGGGCAUAAGCCUACUUCUUCAUUUUUGUAAAAUCAUGUGCUUAGUAAUUAUUGGAGCUCUCAAGAACCAACAUCUUUGUGGUGGAGUUAAACUCAGCAUAGCAGGUAUAUACUCUAGGAUAUAAUUUUCGGCUGAGGUUUGGUUGCUCAAGCCAAGCACUGUUUCCAUUCUUGUGUCCACCUCUUUCCAUAGCUUCCUGGCUACUGGACGGUCCCAUAGCAUUUACAUCAGGCUUCCUUUUUCUUUAUUACAGCGCCAGCAAAUAUCAGAAGACAAGGCCCCCAUCUUUUACAGUAUCUGUGGCGUCCAAUACAUUUUGAAUAGAAUCUUUUGCGGUGUCAUUUGUAGCCUGAGAUCCACAGAAACAUUUUAACAUUCUGUAAUAUGCUCUGCCACUGGGGUUCUUUUAAGGACUGUCAUAACUCCCCUUCCCAUGCUCUCACAAAAAACUCCAGACCAAUGGAAGUCCUCUUCCUUAGUAAAGCAUACGUAGUGGACAUGGGCCUGUGGAGUUUAUGAAGUAUUUCCAAAGUUCCCAGUAGAUCUAAGGCCUCUCGAAGUCCUAGGGCAUCUGGACCAAAUUGAUGCAUUAUCAAGUGUUUUAGUUAUUAUCAAGUAUUGCCAUUCCACUGAGAUUGGCAGGUCAUCUAGUUGCUUAAGUCCAUGGCUCUCAACCUUUCCAGACUACUGUACCCCUUUCAGGAGUUUGAAUAGUCUUGCAUGCCCCAAGUUUCACC